AUGCAAAGAAGAAGAACAGAGGAGAAUGAAUUUAAUUUUGAUGGUAGUGACAGUGACAGUAUUAUAUUAGGAUCUGAACUUCAUACUUUAGCAAGUAUAGUUAAUGAUGAUAGAUCUAUUGAAGUAAAUAAUCAAAAUGAAAACUUAGAAGAUAUUGACCUUCUUAAUGAAUUACUCACUUUUGUUAACUCUAAUUAUUCACGAGUUAUAAGAAAUAUGGCAGCUAAGAAUUUAGAAUCUAUUGAAAUUGAUUAUAGAGAUUUAAUUAGGUUUGAUUUGUUUAUUGAACAACCUGAAAAAUUCUUAGAUAUUUUAUCAGAAAGUCUUACUAAAGUCACUAAUCAAUACUUUCCUUCUUAUUAUCAAAUUAAGUCUAAAAUUUACCCCAGGGUUGUUAAUGUACCUGUAGUUGAUGAGUUAAGAGGAUUGAGAAAUGUUCAUUUGAAUAAGAUGGUUAGAGUACAGGGUGUUGUAACCAGGAGAAGUGGUGUAUUUAAUUUAUUUUCAUUAGUUAAGUAUAUUUGUAAUAAGUGUAAAGCUUCUAUUGGUCCUUUUUAUCAUAAUUCUAGAACGGCACCUAGUAUUAAGUGUGUUGAAUGUCAAUCAAGUAGUUCUUUUACCGUUGAUGUUACAGAAACAGUUUAUAGAGAUUUUCAAAAAAUAACUAUCCAAGAAAUACCCGGUACAGUCCCUCCUGGAUCAUUACCUCGAUCAAAAGAGAUUUACUUAUUUAAUGAUUUGAUUGAUUUUUCUAAGCCUGGUGAUGAAGUUGAUGUUUGUGGUAUUUAUAAGAAUGAUUUUUCUCCUUACUUAAAUUUAAAGAAUAACUUUCCUGUAUUUUCAACUAUGAUAAUCGCUUCUUCGGUAAGUAAAAAGAUAAAUAAGAUGGAAAUGACCAAUGAGGAUGUUAAGGAGAUAAUAGAAUUGUCUAAGGAUUCUAAUAUUCUUGAAAGAUUGAUUAAUUCCGUUUGUCCAUCAAUACAUGGACAUAAAAAUAUCAAAACUUCAAUUUUAUUAGCUAUGGUUGGAGGUAACUCAAAACAAAACAAUUCAUUAAGAAUAAGAGGUGAUAUCAAUGUUUUAUUGUUAGGUGAUCCAAGUAUGGCUAAAAGUCAAUUUUUAAGAUAUAUUAAUGUUAUUUCUCAUAGAGCUGUUAUGGCUACCGGACAAGGUUCAUCCGGUGUAGGUUUAACAGCAUCAGUAAGAAGGGAUCCUAUGUUAAAGGAAUGGACGCUCGAGGGAGGUGCUUUAGUCUUGGCAGAUCAAGGAAUUUGUUGUAUUGAUGAAUUUGAUAAAAUGAAUGAAAUUGAUAGAACAUCAAUACAUGAAGCUAUGGAACAACAGUCAAUUUCAAUUUCUAAAGCAGGUAUUGUAGCAUCAUUACAUGCAAGAUGUUCUGUUGUAGCAGCUGCUAAUCCAAUCAAAGGAAAGUACAAUUCAGCAUUAUCAUUUUCUCAAAAUGUUAAUUUAUCAGAUCCAAUUUUAAGUAGAUUUGAUUUAUUGUGUGUAGUUAAAGAUAACAUAGAUGAGAUAGAAGAUUCAAAAAUAGCAGAUUUUAUAAUUAAAAACCAUAAAAUGGGUAAUAAUGAGGAAGAGACUGAUAUUAAUCAAGAUUUACUAAAAAAGUAUAUUUUGUAUGCUAAAAAUAAUAUUGUUCCUAUAAUAGCAAGUUUUGAUAUUAAGAAAAUCACGAGGUUAUAUUCUGAUCUUAGAAAAGAAUCACUUCAUAGUGGAAUACCAAUAACAGCAAGACAUAUUGAAUCAAUAGUGAGAAUAUCUGAGGCAUUUGCUAAAUUAAGAAUGUCAUCCACAGUAAGUAAAACUGAUAUUAAUAGUGCAAUUGAUAUCACAUUAAAUACUUUCUUAUCAGCUCAAAAGUAUUCAAUAGCUAAAACUUUAAGAAAGAAAUUUGCUAAAUACUUUGAAGAAAAUAAUGAAGAUUUAAUUAUUUAUUUACUUAAGAAAAUGAUAACAGAAAAAGUAACAGUAACAGGUGAGGGAUCAAUCAAUGUAAAUGAGUUUAUUCAAUAUUGUAAAUUUAAUGAAGUAAUUGUAACUGAUAAUUUUUAUAAAUCUGAUACUUUUAUUAAAAGUGGUUAUCAGAUAGAAAAUAACGUAAUUAUUAAAAGAAAUUAA